AUGAACAAAGGAGUGCUCAGAAGUGUCAACGAAGUGGUUAUCGAGAUAUUAAAGAAGUCUGAGGCUCAUGGCCAAGAUUUUUUCAGUGAAGUGGCUACUAUUGGAAGAAUUCAUCAUGUUAAUGUAGUGCAACUCAUCAAUUUUUACUUUGAAGGAUUGAAACAAGCUCCCGUGUAUAAUCUCAGGCCAAAUGGAUCUUUGGAUAAGCACUUUUUCACUUGGGAAGAGACUCAGCUGGACAAUCAUGUCCCAGCACACAAAAUUCGUCCAAGAGGCCAUGGCACGACCCAUCAUCAUCCUCCAGCUACUAAGUUUCGACUGGUGAAAGCUCCAGCUGCGAAGGAUGACGGGCGCACAAAACCAAAGAGCACGAUUUGUUGCACUGACUGCGACGGAAAUGGUGGAGUCUUGUGUUCUCUAUGUAAAGGCAGUGGUGUGAACUCUGAGGAUCUCUUCAAUGGACAGUUCAAAGCUGGCGGCUCUUGUUCGCUUUGCGGAGGUGGGGAGGAAAUGCUGCGCGGAAACUGUAACGGAGCGGGAUUCGCCGACGGUUUCACGAGCACUUACGACAGGUAG